CCGAUCACCCAAUCACGCAAUUCUACCUACAGCCAAAUGCCAUGGCCGACUAACUAAAUCUAGAAAUCUCUGUGCUGUUUCUUGACCGAACCCUCGAAUUUGUAGAUAGGGUAUUCAAUGUUAUCUACACCUGAGUAAGUAGUACCUAAACAAGUAUUUAAAUUCCUAGAAAUCUUCAUAAUAUCCCUUUUAGGUAUAUGUUGUCAAUUCUCACAUCAACAUCGCCAUCCAUCAUUGUCCUUUGCUCACCGUAGCAAGCAAGCAACAAGAGGACCCCCAGCCCAAAAUGUACAGCUCAAAAGACCCCGAUAACCGCCCCAUCACGCCGCCGGACGAAUAUGUCGUCGACCAGGACGACUUUCAGUCAAUUGACCCCGAGUCGGGGGUCCGGCGCGGGCUGAAAACACGACAUCUAAGCAUGAUGGCCUUGGCCGGAAUCAUAGGGCCCGGUCUCUUGGUCGGAAGCGGAAGCGCGCUGUCCGGCGGUGGUCCGGCGUCGCUGUUGAUUGGCUUUGGCAUCGUCGGCAUCAUUGCCUUUAGUAUCAUGCAAAGUCUAGGGGAGAUCACAACCCUCUACCCCUCAGGAGGCGCUUUCACUCAGCUGGCCUCACGCAUGGUAGACCCGGCGUUUGGCGUCGCCGUCGGCUGGAAUUACUUCAUCAUUUGGUUCACUGUGCUCGCCAACGAGUAUAAUGCCACCACUAACAUUCUCGUCUUCUGGAGCGACAAGGUGCCUGUUUGGGGGUAUUUCUUGAUCUUAUGGACUGCGUUCUUGGCCUUCCAGUUCUGUGGUGUCACCACGUUCGGUGAAGCGGAAUUCUGGCUGGCUCUUGUCAAACUUGCCGGAUUGGUCGCAUUCUACCUCUUCUCCAUUGUUUAUGUCGCUGGUGGAGUUAAUGGGGACGUGGUAGGAUUCCGAUACUGGCACGACCCGGGACCCUUCGUGAGCGGCUUCCGCGGUGUCGCUCAAGUCUUCGUCUUCUGCUCCACCUUCUACGCCGGCUGCGAAUCCGUCGCCGUAGCCGCCACCGAGACCAAGAACCCCCGCGUCGCCGUCCCGUUGGCGAUCCGUCAGGUGUUCUGGCGCAUCAUCUUCGUCUACAUGGGCGCCGCCUUCUUCUUCGGCCUCACCUGCCCAUCCAACGCCAGCCAGCUGGUCAAUGGUAGCAGUCGCGCCCUUUUGAGUCCCAUGACUGUUGCGCUGCAAAACGCUGGCUGGCAAGGCGGCGUGCAUCUCAUCAAUGCCUUCAUCUUGAUUACCUGCAUCUCUGCCAUCAACAGCUCCAUCUACAUCGCGUCCCGAACCCUCCUUUUCAUGGGACAGCAAAAGAUGGCCCCGGCGUUUCUCGGCUGGACGGACAAGAGAGGAGUGCCUAUCCCGGCUAUCGUCACGGCUAACGCGUUUGGCGCCGUGUCCAUGAUGAACGUCUCAACUGGUGCUUCCAAGGCCUACCAAUACAUCGUCAACUUGAGCGGCGUGUCGACCUUCCUGGUCUGGGGCUCCAUCUCAUUCACUCACAUCCGGUUCCGCCAGGCGUGGAAAGCCCAAGGUUAUACCGACAAAGACCUGCCGUUCGUGUCCCUCUGGUAUCCGUGGAACGCGUACUUUGGUCUCGGCGCCAAUAUCUUCUUGGCCUUCGUCCAGGGCUGGAGCUACUUCUCCCCCUGGGACGUCGCCGGGUUCGUCGAUGCGUAUAUCCUGCUGCCCCUAUUCUUCAUCAUAUACUUUGGGUACAAGAUCGUGUUCAAGACUCGGUACUGGAGGUCGGAGGAAGUCGACUUGCAGUCCGGCAGACGCCGUGAUUUGGAGGAGGCGGAGGAGAUGGUUAAUGGUGAGUUAGGGGGGGCGCAACCGUGGUGGCGGAGGGUGCUGAGGAGUAUUUAGAUGGGAAACGGAUGAUUUUUUUUGUCAGCAAAUUUGAUGUUGGAAAGAUAGAUAUAUAUGACUUAUCCCUCAUCAUAUAACGGUUCGAUGUAAUGACCAUCC